AGGCGCGGGGAGCUGAGCUACCCGCCCUACAUCACGCCCGUCGGCAAGACCCUGCUGGAGAGCCUGAUCCAGCGGGACCCGAACAAGCGCCUCGGGGGCGGGCCCGACGACGGCGAGGAGGUGAAGGCCAACCCGUUCUUUUCCGGCAUCGAUUGGAUCGCCAUCCAGCAGCGCAGGGUGACGCCGCCCUUCAAGCCGAACGUGUCCCAGGGCGGAGACGUGAGAUACUUCGACAGGGAGUUCGUGGACCUCCCCGUGGUCAACUCCGAGGUCACGGAGGGCAAGGACAUUCGUGACGCGCAGCACUUCGAGGGCUUCACCUACCAGGCCUCGGACGCGACCAUCUGAGGUCGGCUCGGCCUGCGGGGCGGGGCCUCAUCAUUGAUCAAUAGGAGGAGCGCGAUACAGAGGGCACGAACGCUGCCCGUGUACCUAGGUGCCCAGUCGCCGUCCACAAAGGGAGGGGGACCGCGCACACCGCACCUCCGGCCCCGCGACCUCCUUCCCCGCGGCCUCCCGGAACGCGCUCGCCCCCACAACUUCGGACCGACCCCGUCUCCGGGCCGCCUACAUGGGGCCGGCGACGUUGUUGCCGGUCGCGGCGCCCGGCGGUCUGUGCGUCUUUAGCUCGCGGGUGGGCUCGGUGUGCAUGCCGCAUCGCCCGGCAGGGCAGGGAGCUCGAGGAGCUCGGCAAGGGAGUUCUGUGUCUGGAUGAUCCAGUCUGCCCCGAGAUCCCGGCGUCGCAUCUUCUCUGUUCGCACUGGGCGGUUUUGCCCAGUUUCGGGCAGCGGGGUCCUCGCAGAGGGAGCAGGCUCGAGAAAUGGAAGGCUUUGGUGGGCUGGUUUUCCACCGCCACCACCAGCAGCAGGAGGGGGAGGGGGUCCUCGUCCUCCUCUUCUUCCUCC